GGACAGAUGUACUAUCGUCUCUCGUAUAUCGCGACCGUUGCCAUAUUGGUACCUUGCAAAAGUGGGAGGCAACAAUGAUAGGCCUUCAUAAAAGCAGGGCCUCGCUCCCUACCUUCCUGUGACUUUAUCGACUCCAGCGCUUCUCUAUCGCAUGCCAGCCAUGGAAUUCAUUCUAUACUACUACACACCCUCUGCUGCGGCAGCAGGCAUCUUUGUAGUUUUGUUCGGCAUCAGCACUGUCUUGCACUUUCUCCAGCUGGUCCGCACCAGAACAUGGUUCAUGAUCCCCUUCUUCAUUGGCGGAAUCUUGGAAGCAAUCGGAUAUGUGGGCCGUCUGCUCUCCUCGCUCGAAAGCCCCGACUACAGCACGGGCUCGUAUGCCAUGCAAAGCGCCCUUAUCCUCAUCGCCCCGGCCUUCCUGGCGGCUAGUAUUUACAUGACCCUCGGUCGCAUUAUCCGGAUGGUACAAGCAGAACACUACUCGGUGUUCAAGUUAAAGUGGGUGACAAAGAUCUUUGUCGCGGGCGAUGUUCUUUCCUUCUUGAUGCAAGCGUCCGGCGCUGGUCUCAUGGUCAGCGGCUCGAGCGACCCAACCACAGGCGAGCACAUCAUCAUCGGCGGUCUCUUUGUUCAAAUUAUCUUCUUCGGCUUCUUUAUCAUCACAGCGCUCGUCUUCCAAGUGCGACUGGCAAAGGCUCCCACUAGCACCUCGGCGGAACUGUCGCACAUCUGGCGUCGCCAUAUGAACGCCCUCUACAUCUCCAGCAUCCUCAUCUUUGUCCGUUCCAUUGUCCGUGUGGUAGAAUACCUCCAAGGAUACGACGGAUACCUUAUGAAACACGAGGUUUUCAUCUAUGUAUUCGAUGCGCUGCUGAUGUUCCUGGCGAUGGAGGUACUCCAAUUCAUCCACCCUAGCCAGGUCAACUGCUAUCUGGGGCGCGGAGAACGUUACUCCGACAAGGUGAUCAAGACGCAAAAGUUCAUGUCGGUGCCGGUGGAGAUGGAGGUUUCGUCCGUUUGAAUAGCUUGCAUUUUUUUUCCCGGCGGUGUAUCUUAUGAUUGUUAUGAUUGUCGGCGUCAACUCUCUCAUCUAGCUUGUGUUUGUCA